UUCCCUCCAUCACACCUUUCUCCCUUUCCCUUCUCCAAACACUCUUUCCUUGGCUACCCUCCACUCUCCUCAACUCCGCGGCCAUGGCCGUGCUUCCCGUCAAUGACUCCGCUAGCUUUGAUGAUGAUGGUCGCCCCAAACGAACCGGUACGUUUUGGACGGCAAGUGCUCAUAUAAUAACUGCGGUCAUUGGUUCGGGGGUGUUGUCAUUGGCAUGGGCGAUUGCGCAACUCGGAUGGAUCGCUGGUCCUUCAGUGAUGUUGCUGUUUUCUUUCAUCGGUUACUAUACCUCUUGUUUGCUCGCCGACUGUUAUCGGUCCGGCGACCCGGUCAGUGGCAAGAGAAACCCCACUUACAUGCAUGCAGUUCGCUCCCUCCUUGGUGAAACACACAUGGUGGCAUGUGGAAUAAUGCAGUACAUAAACCUGAUCGGAAUAACAAUCGGAUAUACAAUUGCAUCGUCAAUCAGCAUGAUGGCAAUUAAACGGUCAAAUUGCUUUCAUAGCAGUGGAGGAAAAAAUCCAUGUCAUAUUUCAAGCAAUCCGUUCAUGUUGUCCUUCGGAAUUGUGGAAAUAAUUUUAUCUCAAAUUCCAAAUUUUGAUCAGAUUUGGUGGCUCUCCAUUGUUGCUGCUAUCAUGUCUUUUACCUAUUCUUCCAUUGGCCUUACCCUUGGCAUAGCCAAAGUCGCAGAAAGUGGGGUUUUUAAAGGAACACUUAGUGGAAUAACUGUGGGAACAGUAACUCAAAGUGAAAAGAUAUGGAGAAGUUUCCAAGCACUUGGCGAUAUUGCUUUUGCUUAUUCUUUUGCAAUUGUCCUUAUUGAAGUUCAGGACACAAUUAGAUGUCCACCUUCAGAAGCAAAGACAAUGAAAAAAGCAGCAGGAUUCAGCAUUACAUUAACCACCAUAUUCUACAUACUAUGUGGAUGCAUGGGCUAUGCAGCCUUUGGCAACACUGCCCCCGGUAACCUUUUAACUGGCUUUGGCUUCUACAACCCCUUUUGGCUCCUCGACAUCGCCAAUGUCUCCAUUGUUGUUCACCUCGUUGGUGCCUACCAAGUCUUUAGCCAACCCGUCUAUGCCUUUGUAGAGAAGAAGGUCGUCCAAACAUGGCCAGACACCCCCUUCUUCACCAAAGAGUACAAGCUCUCUCUCUUCUCCUCUCGCUUCUACAACAUCAACCUCUUUCGACUGGUAUGGAGAACUCUUUUCGUCUGCUUCACCACCAUCGUCGCAAUGUUGCUCCCUUUCUUCAACGACAUCGUUGGGAUCAUCGGGGCACUUCAAUUUUGGCCGAUGACCGUCUAUUUUCCAGUCCAGAUGUAUGUUGUUCAAAAGAAGGUACCUAAAUGGAGUGUGAAGUGGAUUUGUGUGCAAACAAUGAGCAUGGGAUGCCUUUUGAUCUCUCUUGCUGCAGCUGUGGGCUCUAUUAGUGGUGUCAUGCUUGAUCUCAAGGUUUAUAAGCCUUUCAAGACAAUGUAUUGAUAUAAUUUUAACCCUUACAGCUUUUUCUUGGUGUACUUAAUUAAGCAAGGAAUUGGAAAAUCUUUUAUUUCACUCUAAAUAUAUUUAUACCAGUUAUUUU